AUGGCUGACGUAGAAGAUAGCGGAACAAUUCAAUUAAAUGGUAUAGAAGCAGAAGAAAUGCAAACUAUGAUUGUGGAAGACGAUGCCGCUCUCAGUGAUGAACCAUUGCAUGCUGAAAAUUCUCAAGUUAGUGAAGUGGCAGUGGAGGAGGGUACGGAAAGCGGUGAGCACAAUGAGGCAAAAGGGAUGGAUGAAAGAGAAGCGUUAGAAGAAUAUCACGAAGACGAAUUAUCAGCAACUUUGAAAAAUAAUGAGCUAAACGCCGUGGAAGUAAUAGAUCAAACUGUCGAAAAAGUCGAGGAUGAAGAUGAACUGGAUUAUAAAGAAAUCGACGAAGCAGGAAUCGAUGAAGAAAAACCAAUACAGAUGAUGGAUGAAGUAGUGGAAGAGCAAGUAGUUGAGGAUAGAACUGAGGAUCAGGUACCUGAUAUAACUGGUACAGAUAACGCAGAUGUGAUGGCUACUUCAAUGGAUAGCAUUGAAGAACUUCCAACCGAAGAGCAAGCCAUAGAAACAUCGGCACUUGCAGAACAAGAAGCCGAACCACCUGUCGAAUCGAGAACUGCCAAUGUAGAAGUUUUUUCGAUUAUGGAAGCAGAAGCGCCAACAGAAGAAGAACGAACAGCUGUGGUUCUUGAAGUUGAAGCAUCUAAGGAAAUUAAUAAAACUGAAACAAUGCUGGAAGAAGAAGCGGCACCAGCCCAAGAGACAGCAGCUAUGAAUGUUGAGACACCCCAAGAAGAUGACGAGGCUAAAAAGUUACCGACGAUACAGAAUACUGCUUCCUCUGAAGUAAAAUCUGAAGAAGUGAACGAAGCUCAACCAGAAGUGGGGCAAGCUCAGGAAACACUAAAACAUGCAAAACCUCUCGAGGUUACUAAAGUCAUACAAGAUGUUAUCAUCGAACAGAGUUUGGCUACGAAUGAUUCUGAAGCUGUUAUAGAAGAAUUUUUGGAAACAGGAACAGAAGGGGCAAAAGAGGAAGACAUAGAUAACAAACAAAUUGAGCCUGAUAAUGUAGAAGAUCUUUCGAACGAAGAGCAGCAAUCUGAAGCUUUGGACAAUGAAACAGUUGAGAUCAAUGAGGAGGAUGUUCAAAAGGAAGAAGAUCUUUCGAACGAAGAGCAGCAAUCUGAAGCUUUGGACAAUGAAGCAGUUGAGAUCAGUGAGGACGAUGUCCAAAAGGAAGAGGACAGUUUUGCAUCAGCUCUACCACCAGAAGAAAAAUCAGAAACGAUCCAUAGCUCUCAUACGUCAAGUUUAAAACUCGAAGAAGCAGAUGAUGCAUCAAUGGCGACGCCAUCAAUGACCAAAGAGGAGUUUGCAUCCGAUGAGGAAAAAUCCUCUUCCAAAAAAUCUAUCACUGACGAUAAGUUUUCGCCAAGAAAAAGAUCCAUAAUAGAAGAAAAAAAUUCUUCACGAAAAACUUCAUUAAUAAAAGAAGUGCCUUCAAGAAAAACUUCAGUCAUGGAGGAAAAAGCUCUAUCUCGACAAGCAUCUGCUUUUGAAGAUGAGAAACCUUUGUCACGAAAAACUUCAUCAAUAAAAGAAGUGUCUUCAAGAAAAACUUCAGUCAUAGAGGAAAAGGCUCUGUCUCGACAAGCAUCUGCUAUUGAAGAUGAGAAACCUUUAUCACGAAAAUCUUCAUCAAUAAAAGAAGUGCCUUCAAGAAAAACUUCAGCCAUGGAGGAAAGGGCUCUAUCUCGACAAGCAUCUGUUUUUGAAGAUGAGAAACCUUUGUCACGAAAAACUUCAUCAAUAAAAGAAGUGCCUUCAAGAAAAACUUCAGUCAUGGAGGAAAAGGCUCUGUCUCGACAAGCAUCUGCUAUUGAAAAUGAGAAACCUUUGUCACGAAAAUCUUCAGAAACUAGAGAAAUGAAAGCGCUAUCAAGAAAAUCAUCAGCGAUUCAAGAAACAAAAGCACCAUCCAGAAAAAUAUCAGAAAUUGAAGAAAAAGUUGCGUCGCGAAAAACAUCAGCUAUCCAAGAAGAAAAAGUGGCCUCCAGGAAAUCAUCUGCUGCUCGGAAAAUAUCCUCAGAGAUAGAAGAAAAGAUCCCGUCCCGAAAAAUCUCAAAAAUAAUAAAUGUCGAAGAAGAAGACGAAGAAACAACGGAAAUUUCCCCUAUAUCAUCAAGAGCGUUACAAUCAGUGAGAGUGGGAAGGACAAAAAUAACCAAAACUGAAUCAAACGAAGCGGAAGCUGAACCUGAGCCUGAACCGUAUACUGAAGAAGCUGAAGUAGAAAUAACUAAAACUGAUGCUGAAGUAGCAAUUGAAGAGUUGAAAGACGAGGUUCCUACUGAAGACAUUACUACUGAAGAUGUUGAAGAUGAAGUGAAAAAAAUAUCGGAAGCAGAAAAAGAUAUCGAAAAUGAGAAAUAUGUUACUGUUGGUGAACGGGAAUCUCCGCCACCAACGAGACAAAUCAUCUCUUCUCCUUCACGCAGACAUUCGCCAUCGCCAAUUAGAAAACGUCAGGAGCGAUCACCAUCACCGAUAAGGAGAGAAGUAAAUUACGGAAGUUCAUACAAGUCAUAUGAUCAAGAUACAUAUCGACAAAGAGGCGCUCCUCCUCGUAUGACAAGUUUUUUAUCAUUUUCGUCCUAUACCCCAGUCGAAAAAACAUCGUACUCGCCAAUCAGUCCAUGGGUACAAAAUUCCGCGCAAAAAUACCGAAACGAUUACACUGCCGUUUCAACUUAUAAGCCUCCAUCUACUUACACUGCGAUAUUUGAUGACAUUGUCAGUUCGGGUCCAUUUUCAAGCAGUUUGUACUCGACGAGUCGUCUUCUUGAACGCUCGCGUAGUCGCUCUCGAGAGCUAAGAAAUGCACUUCGCUCAAAGCGCUCAACCAGCAAUUAUUACCGUUAUACUUCGAACUAUGCAACACCACCACUCCGAACUCGCGACUAUUCAACGCCACCAUUGUCGUCAUCAGCAUACCGCUCUUCUUCACGUUCCGGCUCAUUCAUUUCCUUCAUGGAAUAUAGCGGGCAGAAACAAUAUGAGCUUGCAAGAAACUCAAGCCGCUUCUCAGAUCUUGAUAGAUUAAGCCGACAAAGCUCACGUUCGAAUGUCGAUAUGUUCUACGAUACGGAACGUUUGUCGCGAGUCGAUAGCUACAUACGUGAUUUGAAUCGUAACGUUGAGUAUGGAUUUCCGAGUACUUAUGCUAAGUAUCGUUCACCGUUACGACCUUAUUUACCGCACGAAUAUACUCCGGUUACUGGAUACAGAGCUUACAACAGCCCGUUAUCGCUUCAACACCGCUCCGCUCUUUAUACUAAUUCAUAUAUCUAUAAUCCGAUGUCAAUGUCUCAUAAUCUGUACGAGAGCAGAAUUGCCGAUUUGCAAAGGCGUUUAUUUCGUGAAAGACUUGCCAGCGAAAGGAUGAAAGCAAAAUACAAAACCCUGUCGGAUAAACUGGAUCAAACUUGUAGACAGAUGGAUCUUCUUCGCGCCAAUUCUUAUUCAGCGAUCCGUGGUGGCACGGGGACCUAUUCUGUCUACACUCGCAACUAUCCGUAUUUUUGA